AGAAAGAGGAAAAAAUACUUAUAUAGUACAUAAACAAAAACUCUACGUCUAGAAGACGUGUUCGCUUUGACUUGAAAGUUUGUUAAGAAAUUUCAAUAAAAAUGUUUCCAUCGUAAAACAAAAAAUACAAAAAAACAACUCGGAAAAGGUCUCGCGGGAAAUAAGGCAGCGAGUAACACAAAAAAAACAAAAAAAAUACAUCGAAAAGCAUCGUGAAUUUGAUUAUCAAGGCCAACACCGAACCAAAAAGCGAAAAAGAAAACAUCAUUAACGCGUUAACAUGGUCGAAAUACAAAAGCCGCAUUCGGCGCUUAAGCGGCCAUCGCUAAAACGUGAAACGGUUGUGGUUAACAAUAGUGCGCCCACCAUCAAGAAGGUGACGCUUGUGCCCAAGGAUGAGGAAUUGGUGGCCAUAUCUCCAGAGCGACGCAAUUGGCGUGGCAUAUUCAUAGCCCUGCUGGUGAUCGCCGCCGUCUUCAGCUUGAUCAUAUUCUCGAUAUUUCUGCUAUCGCCUGAGGAUGAGGGAUUACGCAUUCGGGGGCGACGAAUGCUGCCCAGCGAUAUUCUCAGCAAAAGUUUGCAGUGGAAGCCCUUCAACGGCACCUGGAGCAAUGAUCACGAGCUUGUUUAUCGCGAUCCAACGGGCGGCCUAUCGAUACUCAAUAUGGCCGAUUAUACGACGCGCAUUCUUAUGACCAAUUCCACAUUUCGCCAAUUGAAUGCGGAAUCGUUUCUGGUAGCGCCAGAUCAGAAAUACGUCUUGCUGCAAUCGGACAGCAAUGCAGAAGGUUCAAGACACCACGUUUAUGAGGUGCAAACGGCCAACACAUUCCCCUUGGGACCAACGGAGAACAUUGCAGAGGCGCCACGUCUGCAGCACGUCGUCUGGGCGCCCAUCAAUCCGCCACCACCGCCGCCGCCUCCUUCGACGGCUGGCCAAGCACCGUCCACAACGACGAUGUCGCCGCUGCCCAGCGGCAGCAUCAUACUCAAUAGUCUAGCAGGCGCUGCAGCUGGCGGUGCUGGCAAAUCACCGCCCACCACAAGCGCCACAGCGAGCGGCAGUGAGCACGGAAGUCAGGCGAAUGCUGGCGCAAACGGUGGCGCCUCAAAGGGUGCCUACUCUCUCAAUCAGGCCAUCGCAUUUGUGCAUCACAACGACAUCUAUUACAAGCCAAAGGUGCAGGGCGAGCUCGUCUGUCGCAUCACGCAGACGGGCGCAGCGGGUGUCUUCUACAAUGGCGUACCAGAUUGGACCUACGAGAAUGUCCCGGAGCUGGAGAGUCGCAGAAGCAGCAUUGCCUUCUCGCCGGACAGUCAUUUUCUCGCCUUCUUGAGUUUCAACGAUAGCGAAGUCAACGAAUACAAAUACACUUGGAUGGGCGACGACAUCAAGUACCCGGCGGUGCUGAGUCAACGCUACCCCAAGGCUGGCGCUCGCAAUCCCAACGUGACGGUGAACGUGGUCAAUCUGGCGGUGACCAAAUACAUGUUCCCCACACAAAUCAAACUACCCGCCGAGCUGGGCAAUGGCAGCUAUGUGGGCGGCUUAACCUGGGCCUCGCCCAUCGAUCUGUCGGUGACGGUAACAAAUCGGGAUCAGACCAAAGCGACAACGGUGAUCUGUCGGGCGCCACACUUUCACUGCCAGGUCGUGCACACAGAGGUGACCAUCAACGAUGGCUGGGUGCUGCCCGCCGAGCGACCCAUAUUCUCGGCUCGCAUCGCUGCCCAGCUGCGCAGUGCCGGCGUGCUGCGUCCGGAUGCCGAUAGCGGCGGAGGAGCUGCGACAAUUGCGGAUAGCCAGGCGAAUGUGACGAAUGGUCAAACGACAUACGAGAUCUCCAACGGUGGCUAUCUGCUCAAGCGAUUGCCGGUGCGCGACGGCGAACAUGGACACUAUCGUCAUGUGGUGUUCAUUUCGUCACUGGAUCGACGUCCGGUCCCCUUGACCAUGGGUCGGUUUGAGGUGACCGAAAUUGUGGGCUGGGAUGAGGGACAUGAGAUCGUUUACUUUAUGGCUGCUCCUGAGAAGCGGCCGGGCGAACGGCACCUCUACAAGAUCAGCCUUAAACUAAACGUCACCGAAUCGAAUCGCACCUAUAUCACAUCAACGCAACCCACUUGCCUCACCUGCGACAACACUGAGGCCACCUAUCGCCUCCAUCGGGCGCGCAGCACCAAUGCCGCCGAAUGGCAACGUGGCGAACGCUGGGAGGACAUUGUGGCGCGUCUCGAGCCGGACGAUUGCAUCUACGAUAUACCCAAGAAUUGUCUGUACAAUCGUGUGCAAUUCAGUCGCGACUAUAGCUACUAUGUGCAGGAGUGUCUGGGCCCCGAGGCGCCCAGCGUUUAUCUCGUCGAGACGGCCAGCAAUGACAAGAUCUUUGUCCUCAAUGCCGGGGAUGUGCUGCGGCAUCGUCUCUCCCAACUGGCGAUUCCACAGAUGCGCACUUUUAGUGUGGAGAUUCGGCAUGGAUUCCAUGCCCAAGUGCGGCUCUUUUUGCCGCCCGGCAUGCGCGAGGAGGAGGAGGUCGCCUUUCCCCUGGUUCUGCAUGUCGACGCCUCGCCGGGUUCGCAGCUGGUGACGGAGCGUUUCCAGGUGGAUUGGAAUUGGUAUUUGUGCAGCCAACGCAGCUUUAUUGUGGCUCAGAUCGAUGGGCGUGGCAGUGGCUAUCAAGGCGAACUGUUGCGUACUCAAGUACACGGCAAACUGGGCACCGUUGAGGUCGAAGAUCAGCUGGGCGUGCUCACUUAUUUGCGCGAUAAUCUCAAGUUCAUUGAUCCGCUGCGCAUCUGCGCCUUUGGCUGGGGCUACGGCGGCUAUGCGUCCGCAAUGAUGCUCAUCGAUGACUCGCAGCAGGUGCUGCAGUGCGCCGUCGCCAUCAAUCCAAUUGUCAGCUUUGGCUAUCACUACUCGUUCUUUACGGAGCGGUAUAUACCGCUGAAGGGCGACUAUUUGCGUGCGCUGCAGGAGGCAGAUCUCACAAUGAAGGCGGGCAACAUCAAGGGGCGCAAUCUGAUGCUGAUGCACGGCACUGCGGAUACGUUGGUGCAUCAGGAGCACACGCUGAUGCUGGUGCGCGCCCUCGUCGAUCAGCAGGUGAAGUUCCGACAUCAAGUGUAUCCGGAUGAGGAUCAUGCGAUUACCAGAUCGCUGAGUCAUGUGUACAAGACAAUGGAAUGGUAUUUCGAUGAAUGCUUUGGACCCGUCGAUGACAACGAGUGGGAUCCCACGGGUCUAUUUGUGUUUAAACAAUAAUUAAGACCCCCCUACGAUCCUUAUGACGAGGAUCCGUUGGCCAAUCAGCUCAUCGACAUUGACAUCGAUCCCGGUGAUCGUCACAAUCAAACGUCAUCAAUCAUUGGCACGGCAACCGCCACAACAACGGCGCUCUCCGCACUCGAUGAACUGGACAACAGCCUCCAGGCAUUGGAUCUCAUGACGUCAUCGGCAAUGACACUAAGCAAGGUCUCCAAUAAGCUGUGCAAUUACAGCAGCAAGCGAAAGCUGCAGCAGACGGAGACAACGCUGGCCAAAAAGAUGCGCAUCCUUCAGCAUUAGAAUGUACGUGUGUGUGAUUGAGUGUGUGAAUGGCAAAUCAUGUGCAUUUCGGUGUGAAUGUGUGGAAUGCAUGCAAACAAAAGUGUGACUGUGGCUUUAAGUUGUUUACUUUUAAUUGUUGGUAUUUUUUUUAAGUGGUAUUUUUUGAAUGUGCGUGUGAAAGGUAGUGCGAGAGAGAGAGAGAGAGGUGAUGGGUGGUGCGUUCUAUAGGCCAGCAAAGCGAAUGUUUAUAGCGCAACAACAAAAGCAAGGUGAUUCAUUUAUGCGACUGAUUAUUAACAUAUUGUAUAUUGAAACCAAAAACAAACAAGGAUCAACACAAAUGCUGCUUGUCAUGGGUUUUGGAAUCGUAGGGGAAACACAAAACGAAAAUGUUUCGAAACAAGAAACAUCAACCACAACACAACAACAACAAAUGUCACAAACAAUGAUUGUAAUUAUAAUUAUUAUAAUAAUUAAGGUACAGUAUGCGUACUUGUGUAUUUCGUUUAUGCCUCAUAUAUAAUUGUUAUGGAAAUAAUUUAAUUUAUGUAUUUGUACAAGUAUGUGUGUAUGUAUGUGUUCUGUGUUAUAGAUUUGUUUAGAUCGAUAUUAAUAAUAUAAUACUAUUAUGCGUUACUGCAUACAUACAUUACAUACUAUAUAGUAUUGUACACACAUAAAUAUAUAUAUACCACAUACAUAUAUAUUUGACUGAGCCGACUUUUUUUUGUAUAUAUUAAUAAUUAAAAUUUUAAAACACAAACACAUUCCACAUCUCAUUUAUGUAUGUCCAAUUACCACAGAAAAACAAACUCACAUGAAGGAAAACUACAUAUUUUUCGGCAAGCCGAAUAUUAAAUACCCUUGAGCAGCAUAUGAUUACCUAAAUAAGAAGAGAUAAUAUUCUUAUGAAUUUUAUCUGCCAGGGUAUAAAAACUCGUGCAUAAUGUUUUAAAUAGAAUGCUAGCAACAAUUUAAGUGUAGCCGAAAAACUAUCAUAAAAAUAGCAAUAAAAAUUAAAAAAAAUAAAUCAUUUAAUAACUAACUAAAGUGAAAUGCUUGAAAAUAUAACAAUAAAAAAGUAAAAACCACAUAUAAAUUAAUGAGAUUGUUCAGCAGCCAUAGACAGAACUUAGAAACCUUCCAAUUGAUUAUUAAUCAUCAUAAUCAUAACUGUUUCACGAUCAUCGUUCGUUUGCGGCUUAAAAAGCCAUAGCAACAUAAAAAAGACGUUGCGUUUGAAAAUUCACAUGAAUUUAGGGCCAAACUCGAUUGAAAUAGAAAUAAAAAUAGAAAUGUAUGCAUGUGCCACACAGAAAAGCCAAAAGAAACCCUUGCAAAAACACGAAAAGAAAGAACCACAGUAAAUAAGAAGAUUGGAAUCUGUCCAACCAGGACGUCUAACUACUAACUAACCCUAGUAGUGUUUUCCAAAGUAUAACAGUACUACAUUAUAUAUAGAUAUUAAUUGUUGUGGCCCAAGCCAAAAAAGAAAAAAAUACGAAACGAAAAAUUAAAAGAAAAUUAUGAGAUCGGUAUGUGUGCUAUAGAGGAAACCCCCCCUUCAAAAACAAAGGGGAUAAAACUUUUUUUUUAGAUUUUUUUACAUUAACUUUAAUUAAUUACGAUACGAGUGUGCAUGUGCAAAUUGGAAAAUGACAAACAACAUGAAAUUAAUAAACAAAACAAUGCAUACUAUAAAUAGGUGUUAAAUGUUGCGUCAAUAAUGCCCUAAGAAGUGGCGAAUUUUUAUUGUAGAGUAACUGUGCGGCUGGUUUUGAAAUUCCAGAAAACAAUAAGUAACUCUAAAAAUAAAGUAUAUAUAAAACAAAACCCCAAGAUACUAAAAAAAAACGAAAAAAAUAGUCAAGCUUUAAAUGUUGUACACGGCUGAUGGAGAUGCAAAACAUGAGAAAGUUAAUUGAUAUCCUAACUAAAAACAAAACUAACAACUUAUAAACAAAGUCAAAGAACAGCUCUAAUUGUUGAGCGUGCAGCUCUUAAUAAAUGUUAAACUUAACUAUAAAAAACAAAACGAGAUGAGGGAAUAGAAAAUCGAAAUACAUAUUUAUAAA